AACAUACUGACAGAUCUACAGAGGUAUCUCUUCAAGUGGAAGGGAUAUAAGGGAAUCUGGCACAUGGAAAAGGUUGCCAAAGCAGAGAGGUGGUUGCAGAAAGACCCCAGUGUUGUGGCCUACGAUGACCGACUCCAGUAUUAUCACAAGGUCAUGGAGGAUGUGGCCAACCAGCCGCUGAUCAAGGACCAGAUGUGUAUCAGACUGGUCAUGGAGCCACUGGCACAUUCCAUCAAGGACCAUUGUAAGCAAUGGAUUGACCUCAUUGGGAAAUUGCUGCAGGAUUCUGCUAAGAGCAGUCUGUACAGUCUCAAGGAAGAGUUGGAGAAAAAAUCUGAUGACCUAGAGCGUCCCCCAGAGACUCUUGAAGAUCUGAAGUUUGUGCUAGGAAUUAUGGCUGAAAUUAAAGACAGGUCUCUGGAGAUAGAAAACAGGAUUGUGGAUAUUAAGGAGAAAUACAGAACCCUUGGCAUGUACAAGCUAGAGACCACUGAGGAGGAGACCACCCUUGUGGCCUCUUUGAAGGACAUGUGGAAUGACCUUGUCUUCAAGUCCAAGAAUGUAGAUGCUGGACUUGUGGUGGUCAAAAAGAAAUUUACAGAGAUAACACUGGAACAAAUCAAAGAGUUUGCCAAGACAUUGAACAGCUUUGCUGAACGUUUCCACAUGGAGGGACCAGGAGCUUCUGGCAAAGAUCUAGACAAAGGUGUGGAACUAAUGAAGCAGUACAGAGAAGAAGUGGCCAAGUUUGAGGCUGAUCGCCAGGAGCUUGCCAAUGCAGAGAAGCUGUUUGACCUGCCAAUUACUUCCUACCCAGAACUGCUCCAGGUUCAUAAAGACAUGAAAGGACUGGAACAAAUCUAUCAAAUCUAUUUGGACCAGAAAGCUGCCAGAGAACAGUGGUCAGAACAGCUGUGGGCCAACCUGAAUGUCACUCUCCUACAGGAUGGCAUAGAGAACUAUCUAAAGGCCCUGCGCAAACUUCCACGUGAGAUACGCAACAUGCCAGUGGCCAGAGCCGUAGAUGAGAAGAUGAAAGCUUUCAGGGACUCACUUCCAUUGUUUGUGGAUCUCAAGCAUGAAGCUCUGAGAGAAAGACAUUGGAAGGAGUUGAUGACUAAGACUGGUCAGAAUUUUGACAUGAACCCAGAAACUUUCACACUAGCCAAUAUCUUUGCCAUGGAGCUGGAGAGGUUCCAGGAGACCAUUGGUGAGAUUGUCACCUGUGCUACAAAGGAAUUGAGCAUUGAAAAGGGUGUGAAAGAGGUGGAGGAGACCUGGGGCAGCAAUGGUAUGAAGUUCACAGUGACUAAGUACAUGAAGGGGACAUCAGAUCGUGGUUGGAUCCUGGGAGCUGUGGAUGAAGUGGUGCAGUUCCUGGAUGAUAAUGCUAUGAAUCUACAGAGUAUGUCUGCCUCCAGGUUCAUAGGCCCCUUCAUGAAUGCUGUACAGAACUGGGAGAAGAGCUUGUCACAUAUCAGUGAA